AUAAUAUAACAUACACUUUGUGAUAAGGUCUUGUGCUACAUAGCCAAUAGUGCAAUAGUCUCUGAUUCAUAUUGAAGUCGUUAGCGAAAAUGGCGAGGAUAGAUUUCGGUAGUUUUGGAGACUCUUUCAGUGUUGGUUCCAUCAAGGCUUAUCUAUCUGAGUUUAUUGCUACUCUUCUUUUUGUGUUUGCUGGUGUUGGCUCUGCUAUUGCUUACAGUAAGCUUACAGCAGAUGCAGCUCUAGACCCACCUGGGCUGGUGGCUGUAGCGGUGGCUCAUGCUUUUGCACUGUUUGUUGGGGUAGCCAUUGCAGCCAAUAUCUCAGGUGGACACUUGAAUCCAGCUGUCACUUUAGGAUUGGCUGUCGGAGGCAACAUCACAAUCUUAACUGGCAUUUUCUAUUGGAUUGCCCAGUGCCUUGGCUCCACCGUAGCCUGUCUCCUUCUCCAAUUCGUCACCAAUGGCAAGAGUGUCCCAACACAUGGAGUGGCAUAUGGCAUGAAUGCUUUUGAAGGAGUAGUAAUGGAGAUUGUCAUAACCUUUGCACUGGUGUACACAGUUUAUGCCACAGCUGCUGAUCCCAAGAAGGGCAAUUUGGGAAUUAUAGCACCAAUUGCAAUUGGGUUCAUAGUUGGGGCAAACAUCUUAGCUGCCGGGCCAUUUAGCGGCGGUUCGAUGAACCCGGCCCGAUCAUUCGGGCCAGCUGUGGUUAGUGGAGAUUUCUCACAGAACUGGAUCUACUGGGUUGGGCCAUUAAUCGGUGGUGGGUUGGCUGGGGUUGUUUAUGGUCAGAUUUUCAUUGGGUCUUAUGUCCCAGCCCCUUCUUCUGAAGACUAUGCCUAGAUUAUUUGUCGGCAUUUUGUUUGCUUCCGUUGUCUCAUGAUCAUCUGCUCUUUUACUUGUGGGUUUGGGCUUGAACUUGAGUUUGUGCUUCAUAAUAAUGAAAAUGUAAAUUAUUAUCUGA